GUCUCAAUUGCAUUCCAGCGCGCGUUCGGUACGGAUACGGUUUCUCGUUUACGGCGGACAAAAGAUACAGAUACGGAAACAGCAGCGCCAAUCGGAUUAAUUGCCACAUUGGAUUAUCAGUGAGAAAGUGAAUGUGAAAGUGAGAGAAUUCUUUUUGAUAAGUGGCAUUAUACAAUUGAAAACCCUGAAAAGUGAUUGCAAACAGUUCCUAAACUAAUUAUUGUUUAAUAUUUAUUGUGAGUGAAGAAGAUUUCGUUAAAUCUAAAAUUCCAAGUCGAUUCCAAUAAGAGCCCAUAAAUCUUAUAUAACAACAGGAAUACUUAAAUCAACUUAAGGAUGCCCACCCUGCGAGAACUGGCUCUCCCAACGGAAGGAGAUCAGGUGGAGCUGCCAACGCCCCCGCUCCCGAUAAAUCCACCUCCCAAGAUGCUGGCCAAUGGCAUCGUGUAUGGGUUCCGCACGCGUCACCUGUCCUGCAUCGAGGAGAACGACUCGGACUCGCUGCACGGAUCGUCCAUUCCACACGCCUACGACAUGAUGCAGCAGGCGGACGAGACCUUCCAGAAGUUGAAUGCCAACGAGGAGGAGGACGAGUCGGGCAGCGAGGAGGAGGAGGGAAUGGAGAACCUGGACGACACCAUCGCCAUGAUCGAUGAGUCGCGUCUCCUGGAGGCCGACUAUCUGGACGAACUGGUGGCCGAGGAGCAGCUGCAACAGCAGGAGGAGGAGGAGGAGGAGGAAUCCUCGGAUCUGGUGGAUUCCGGAAAUGUGGAGGAGGACUUCUGGCAGCCAAGCUUCAAUCGGAAUGAUAUCAUGAUGACCUCGGUCUAUGGAGCUCUGAAUGGUUCUCUAACCAGCGAGAUAUCGUCGACUGCUCCGCCGGGUUACUCCGAGUGUGCCACGCCCAGAAAGGAGGCGGAUCCCGUUUAUGCCACACCGGAAAAGCGAAGAGCCAGCAAUCGGAGUUUCGACUCCACUUGUGCCUCGCUCACCAGUUCCUUGUAUGGGGGAUCCAUGAACUCCUCUCUGGAUUUGAAGUACGCAUCCUUGAACGGUGGAGAUUCGGGUGGCAUCAGUGGAACCAGCACCCUGAGGGGCACUUCGGUGCCUCCUUUGGACAUAUCCAUGAUGUCCAGCGAUGGGGUGAGUGCCCUCGAUUGGGGAUCGGCCAGUGUGAGCUGUGUCCUCGACUCCGGCGAAGGGAAUCCCGCCGAGGAACUCAACGAGGAGAUGGCCGCCAAGUGCCUCAUUGCAGCAGAAAGUGAUCUCCAGUCAAUUCGACGUCUCCUGGAGCACGAUGCCAGUGGAUCCGUGUGCCCCUCCUGCCGCAUAUCCUUCGACAAGGGAAAGAGACGGAAACUGAUCGACACCUGCGGCCACGAGCGCUGCUAUUCCUGCAUGUUCCGCAACGAUCAGUGCCCCAUGUGCAUGAACAGCUCGCUGAAAGAUGUUGAUGGCGCCAACGCUCAGGGCUACGACACCGGAAUCGGUGGAUCCACAUCGACGAUUGUGAGUCCACUCGGAUCUCCGCAGCCGCAACUCAGAUCGCAUGCGCAGCGGAACGCGGCUCUGGCGCGCUACAUGCAGCAGCACCGCCAGGAGUCGCAGUCGCCGGAUUACCACCACCGCUACGCGAGCAAUGGCAAGCUGCCCCGGGCUGUGGCCUCGGCGAAUGGCAAUGGAUAUUCCACCGGCACCACGCAAACGGUCACCGUGGAUGUGCACCACCACAACCACCUCGGCGGUGGUGGUGGUGCGGCCAACGUUGCCUCCGCCGCUGGCAAGCAGAACGGCAAUGGAAUUGGUGGCCACAGUCGCAGCAACAGCCUGAGCCACAACAUCCAUGCGGUGGCCUACAGCGAACUGAGUGCCGCACCACCGGCCUUUGCCACACCGCCGACGCGUAGGCGGUUCUUCAACCACAAGAAUCUGCGGAGUGCCCUCACUGGAGGAGGCAAUGGUGGAUCAGGAGGUGGAGGAGGAGGUGGAGCAGCCGCUGGAGGAGUGGGCGGCGGCCAUCGACGCACUGCCUCCAAUGGAGGUUGUCCCAUUGACACGGCAUCAAUCCUGUCCGGAGAUCAUCCCCAUCAGCAUCAUCACCAGGACAUCCAGACGGAGGGCAAGGAGUCGAAUGCCCUGAACACAUCCACCUGUUCGGAUUCGGCGGUCACCAGGCGGCGAAGGAAGAACGUGAGCAAUCACAACCUGAAGACCUCCGCUCGCCACGGAGCGAGUAGCGAGAAUAGACUAAACAGGCUCAGUUUGGCCGGAACCUCAGUCUAUGCGGGCCACUUGUCCUCGCUGGUCUUCGGCAAGAUCAAGUCCCUGUGGAGCGUCAACUCCUCCAACUCGAGCGAGGCGGGAUUGAACCAACUAGCAGGAAGCGACGCCCUUGACCACCACUCCUCUCUCCUGAACGAGAAGCUGCAGAAGGACCAGCUCCACGCUCGCCUCGGCCUGCUGCUCAACGAUCCAGGCAGCAACGGGUGCAAUGGGAACAGCAGCAGCAGCGGCAGCGGAUGCGAACCCAUCUCGGCGCACUCCACCACGAGCACCACCAGCAGCAGCGGAGUGGGAGCAGCGAGCACCACCACGAGUGGCUCCUCGCAGAACGUCAGCCCGGAGCAGACGCUGGCCAGCGGAGCCGGGAUGCUGAGUGGCAGCCAGUUGUCGGUGGCCACCAGUCACGGCGUCAAGGAGGAUGCACUGAGUCUGUGCGGCAAAUUCAAGGCGGGCUGCUCCAUGUUGCACGUGUACGAGGCACUGCCAAGCAAGAGCCGCAAGGGAAACGCAAGGAGAUCGACUCGCGGCCAGCAGGGAUCCAGUUCCACAUCCUCCUCCGCAGCAGCAGCAGCAGCUGUGGGAUCCCGAGUAACUGCCUCCACUUUGGCAGCGGUUCAGCUAGCGCUAAAGCCUCUGUUCUUCGAGGUGCCGCUGCAGGAACCGGAUCCACCGUACGUGGGUCGCCAGUGGCUGGUGCAGCAGCUCUCGAACAUCCUGCUGGGAACGGAGACGCGGGUGGUGCUCAUCAAUGGACAACCGGGCACCGGGAAGACCGCCUUCUGCCUCCAGCUGGUGGAGUAUUCCUGUUUCGGCCGGCGGCAAAUGCAGGAGGAUCCCGAUGGCAUCUACAGCCAACUCCAGUUGGGUGCCCAUUGCGAACGCAUGCGGGGAUUGGCCUCCCACAUGGUGGGCUACCACUUCUGCCAGGCGGACGCCAAUCUCACCUGCCAGGUGCCCGAUUUCGUCCACUCCCUGGCCGCCCAGUUGUGCCAGGCUCCGCAGCUCACCGCUUACAGGGAUUACCUGCUGUCGGAGCCGCAUCUCCAGGACAUUCUCAGUGUGCGCGAGUGCAUCGCGGAUGCGGAGCGGGUGAUGAAGCUGGCCAUCCUGGAGCCACUGGCCCAGCUGCAUCGGGCUGGCAAGAUACCCGCCAAGGUGGCCGUCAUCCUGGUGGAUGCCCUGUGCGAGGCGGAGUACCAUCGACCCGAUCAUGGACACACCAUUGCCAGUUUCCUGGCUCAACUGACGCCGCAUUUCCCGGCCUGGCUGAAACUGGUGGCCACCGUGAGAACCCAAAUGUUGGAGCUGGUGAAGGCGCCCAGCUACACGCAGCUCACGCUGGACAGUUGGGCCAGCAGCCAGGCCCUGCAGCAGGAUAUGCUGGACUACAUUGGAGCCAGACUGGCAGACAGUCCCGAAAUCCGGAUGAACAUCGGUGGCGGUGGAGGCGGAGGUCAGAGUUCGCAGUCGGGUGGCCAGCCGCAGACGAAGUUCGUCUCGCAUCUGCAGUCGCUGAGCAGGGGAUCCAUGCUGUAUGCCAAGCUCAUCCUGGAUCUCAUUGCCCGCGGCCAGUUGGUCAUCAAGUCGUCCAGCUACAAAGUGCUCCCCGUUUCGCUGGCUCAGAUCUUCUUGCUGCACUUCAAUCUGCGCUUUCCCACCGCUCGCAGUUUUGAGCAGGCUGCUCCCAUCCUGAAUGUCUGCCUGGCUGCCUUGUAUCCCCUGACUCUGGACGAGAUCUACUACAGCAUGGAGGCACUGGGUCAUGGCAGAGAGUCGCUUAGCUGGCCGGAUUUCAUGCAGCGCUUCAAGCUGCUGGAUGGCUUCUUGAUCAAGCGGCUGGACAACACGUACAUGUUCUUCCACAGCUCCUUGCGGGAGUGGCUGAUGCGACGAGACGAGGGCGAGUCCAACAAGUUCCUCUGCGAUGCCCGGCUGGGUCAUGCGGCCAUCGCCUUCCGGUUGUCCCGCCUGCAGGCUCCGCUGUCUCCGCAACUCACCCUGGAACUGGGUCACCACAUGCUCAAGGCGCACUUGUAUGGGGGAACCAGCUUGACUCUGCUUUCCCCCAGGGAUCUGCAAUCCUAUUGGUUGGCCGGAGCGGCGGACAACAUCUCCGCUUCGCUAGGCGCCCUGCGCAAUGUGUACAGUCCGAAUUUGAAGGUCUCCCGUUUGGUUCUCCUGGCGGGAGCUUCUCCGAACCACCGAACGGAUUACAUGGGCGGAGCUCCGAUCCUUUGCAUAGCUGCUCAUGAGGGUAUAUUACCCAUGGUCAGUUUGCUCCUGGAGUUCGGUGCUGAUGUGGGACUGACCAACAGUCAGGGGUGCACUCCCCUGAUCCUGGCCGCCAUGCGUGGCCACUGUGAUGUGGUGCGUCCACUGGUGGCCGCUGGCAGUAGCCUUGGCCAGUUGGAUAUCACGCAACGCUGUGCCUUGGUGCAUGCCGCUCGGAUGGGUCACCUGAGUGUGGUGAAGUACUUGCUGGCCUGCGACUGGUCGCCGCGUCCUCACUCCCAGGACGUCACCAGAUCGGUGGCCCUGCAACAGGCGCUGAUUGGAGCCGCCGCGCAGGCGCACUGCAAGAUCCUCGAGGAUCUGCUGGAUCUCAACGAGUCCGAGUUCGAUCUGGAUGUGAAUGGCAUGGAGCCGAGCAGCGGUGAACUGGCGCUGACUGCCGCCGCCCGACAUGGUUGCGUGGAUGUGGUGGCCAUCCUCUUGUCCCGCGGCGCACAGAUCGAUGCGAGGAAUCGUCAGGGCUACUCGGCUCUCUGGCUGGCCGUCAAGGAGGGUCACUGGAGUGUGGUGGAGCAUCUGCUGCAACGUGGUGCCCUUUUAGAUGAACCUUUGGGACAAACCCGGAAGACACCACUGAUGAUUGCCGCGGAGGAGGGACAUCUGGAGCUGGUGGAACUGCUGCUGGCCAGAGGAGCUGCCCGGGAAGCCCAGGAUCACGAGGGAUUCACGGCGCUCAGCUGGGCCUGUUUGCGUGGCCACUUGGCGGCGGCCAAGACGCUCAUUGAACACGGCUGCAAUCGCCACCACGAGGAUCACAAUGGACGCACUGCCCUGGAUUUGGCUGCUUACCAGGGCGCUGCCAGUCUGGUUCUGUACAUCCUGGAUCAGGGUGGAAACUUGGAGCACAUCGAUGUGCACGGAAUGCGGCCACUGGACAGAGCCAUUGCCUGUCGAAACAUCCAAGCCGUGCAGGUGUUCCUGCGCAAGGGAGCCAAACUGGGACCCACCACGUGGAGCAUGGCCAUGGGCAAGCCGGAAAUCCUGGUGGUGCUGCUCAACAAACUGCUGGAGGAUGGCAAUGUGCUGUACAGGAAGAACCGCUUCCAGGAGGCCGCCCAUCGGUAUCAGUAUGCCCUGCGCAAGAUCUCUGGAUUGGAGCAGUUGCUCGAGAGGAAUGCCAUCUUCGCCCAGCUGCGGACCAAUCUGCUGCUGAAUCUGUCGCGCUGCAAGCGAAAACUAAAUGAACUUGACGCCUCCAUAGAUUUGGCCACGCAGGCAAUUGCCCAGAAGCCACAUAGCUACGAGGGAUACUACGCCAGGGCAAAGGCGCGCAUGGAACUGGGAGCACUGAACGAGGCGCUGGUGGACGCCAAUGAGGCGAUGCAGCAGGCGGCACAGAGCGGAGUCCUCUGCGAGGUGGUCGAGGUGCUGAAGCGCAUCCAGACCGAGCUGCUCACCCGGAUCUCCAUGAGCAACGAGGAUCCAGCCGGACGGAUGUCGAAUAUCGGCGGCGGAGCAUCCGGUGUCUAUGAAUCUCACCACGAGAUCACCGAUUUGUAAAUGUCGAUUGUUGUGUAGUGUUGUACUCGUCGUGAACCCUUCGAAUUAAUCGCUAUCCUAACUUAAGCGCUACCCUAGACCUUAAUUUUUGCUAUUUAUUGCCUUCGAAUGUUUUUUUUAAUUUAAACACGACACUCUUUUUGUAAUUUUCUUUAAAGUUGUCUUUUAAUAGUUCAUACGCAUGUAAAGUUGUAGUUUUAAAAACAUAUCUAUCGUAAGCAUCAGUUCUUAUAAAUAACAAAUAUAUAAAGUAAAUGCGAAUUUUAUUAAGAUUAAAUAAAAACAACCUUUUUAAAAAAUUUA